AUGGCCGAAUACGCAAAGAUGAUGCCCGCACAGGCAAAAGCGUCGGGUGUCGAGAUCAGCGUCGGCGCACCUGCUCUCGUGCUGUUGACGGCGCAGGCCGCCGGCAGUCUACGCGUCGCCUGCUGGAAGCAGUGCGGCCUCAGUGCAAAGCAGCUGCGAGUGACGCGCGUGCUCGUGGACGCUGUCGAGGUGGUUUGUGUCGCGGGUCACGGAUGCGCUCCAGUGACGGUCAAGGUCUCCUUCACGCACGGCCAGACCAUCAGAGACGCCGGCGCGAUGCCAGUGGUGCCCGAGCUGCUGCCGCCAGCCGUCCCCGACGCUGCAGUUUGCCGCAUGCUGCUGCUGCAGCCGUUGGCUUUGCUCGCGAUGGGCGGCAUGGCCUUGCUUGGCGGCUCCAUCGCCUUUGAGACUGCCGCCACCGACGCCUGGCUCUUUCUCCUUGGCGGCCGCGGCUCGAUAUGGCCGCGCGUUGUCUUUGCCGCCGCCGUCCUUGCGCACGCGGCCGAGGCACAGGGGAGUGAACUACGCGGGCUGCAUCUCUGGACUCUCUGCGCAUGUGCUGCGCAUUUCGAUUAUCAGACAGUAACCACAACCACAGAUUAUCAGACAUCACUCAUGAUCACUGGCCAUUUCCUCUCGUUGUGUAUCGAUUUCCUCUUUUUCACCUUGACAAGUUUGGAAAUCACAUAUGACAAACACAGAAUACAGUAA